GUGUCUUGAGGAAAUGGAGGAUCCUUUAUUGGGGCCUUUAGACAGAGAAGCAGUCUCGCCGGAGUUAAGAACAGUAGUGAGAGGCUGGAUCUUAAAACCACUCUAGAAGGAACUACCAGCCUAGCAGGAGUGGGGCACUGCUGUGCUUCUGCCAAGAUGUUGAUCAGAGUACAGUUGCUUGCUGGAUAACCUGAGUUCUAGAGUAGUUUUUCAGUUGCUGCAGAGGCUGGAGUGGUGUCCUGGAAAGAAACAGUCACUGGAACAAAGAUCUGUUUCAUUAUGUAUUUCUGGAUCCCUGCGAGGGGUGUGUGGCUUUCCCUUUGCAGAAACAAAGGUUGGAUUUCUACCCUGGAGAAAUCACGAAAUAAAAGGAAAGGAAGGGCGUGGGAAGAGGCAUGACCUGUAAUUAAAGAGAUCAGGGUGAGGACUGGUUGUGUCAUGUUAAUGUAAGGUUAUGUUAAUUCUGUAUUUAGCAGAUUAAAAUGACGCGUUCCACCUAAUGUGUUUUGGUAAUCUCAGGGAGAUGUCAUUCAUGCUAAGGGUAUCCAUGAGGGGCAGCAGAUUUCUGGAGAAAGUAAGCUGGUCAGGGGAUGAUAGAAUUAACAUCAGCUAAUGAGGUGAGGGAGGUGCUGCACCCCUGCUCAGGACUGAAAUGAUUCUCCAGUUUUGGGGUCUCUGCUAAUGUCAUUGAGGUUUUUCUUCUUUGCUGUGCUUUUAACCUGUUGCUUGCUUUCUUGCAGGAGGGUAUCUUUUGCAAAUAUCAGUGUUCUAAAGGACCUUGACAAUCUUAAAAGAUAGGCAAUAAUCAAAAUAUUUAGCUUUUAAAAGUCAAGGUCUCUUACCUGAGUUGGCAUGGUAACAAGUAGAGAUUAUUGAUGAAGGCAUCUGUAUGAAAUGAGCUGCCGGUCUCAAUCUCAUUUGUAGUGAAUUGGUCUCUGUGUUGCAAAAUUGUUUACUGUGUUUUGUAUUUGGAGUGCUUUAAGAAAGGAAUCGGGUGAGUUUGCUUCUCCCAAAUGAUACUGCAUUUGAGGUUGUAACUGGUUUGCAAACGAUCGGAAUGAUGUCUGUCUUCAUGGCUGUUAAUUGCAAACUUCCCACCAAAGCACGAGAAGGAAAGAAAACUUUAAAAAAAUAAGCCCUAAGGAAUAUUACAACUAUCUUCAUUGAUGAAGCCUUCUUUUUCAGGCACACCCCUGUCAUUGUAGCCGUCUUCUAGCAGGCUGGAAUCAAUGGUGGUGUGAUUUGUUUUAGCCUGAACUCAAAAAGUAAAGCUGUAAAUAACAGGAUAGUGACCUCACACCUCUGAGAACAGCGUUUCUGGACCUGCUGACAGCCUCUGCUACUUGCCCUUUAGCACAAUGUCAGGCCAUCACACUCCCUCUGCUGGGGGUCCCUUCUCAGCACUCACUCCCAGUAUUUGGCCUCAGGAGAUCCUGGCAAAAUACACACAGAAAGAAGAUUGCAUCGAGCAGCCAGAGUUCCACUAUGAUGAAUUUGGUUUCCGAGUUGAUAAGGAAGACAGUGCUGAGCCAAACUCCAGCAGACAUCGUCCUCCACUGACAGAGGAGCCACAGCAGAGGCUCAAGUGGCAGGCUCAUCUGGAAUUCACCCACAACCAUGACGUGGGUGACCUCACCUGGGACAAAAUUGAGGUCACCCUACCGCAUUCGGACAAGCUGCGCUCCCUGGUGCUAGCCGGCAUCCCACAUAGCAUGAGGCCACAGCUGUGGAUGCGCCUGUCAGGAGCCUUGCAGAAGAAGAGGAAUUCAGAGAUGUCAUAUCGGGAUAUUGUGAAAAACAGCUCUAACGAUGAAACUAUUGCAGCCAAACAGAUUGAAAAGGACUUGCUACGCACAAUGCCCAGCAAUGCCUGCUUCUCCAACGUGAACAGUAUCGGGGUGCCACGGCUACGGAGGAUACUACGGGGACUUGCCUGGCUCUACCCAGAGAUUGGAUAUUGCCAGGGCACUGGCAUGGUGGCUGCCUCUCUGCUGCUCUUCUUAGAGGAGGAAGAUGCCUUCUGGAUGAUGUGCGCUAUCAUCGAGGAACUGGUUCCUGCCUCCUACUUCAGCACCACUCUGAUGGGUGUGCAGACAGACCAGCGUGUCCUGCGACAGCUUAUUGUGCAGUACUUGCCCCGCCUGGACAAGCUGCUGCAGGAGCAUGACAUUGAGCUCUCCUUGAUCACCUUGCACUGGUUCCUCACCUCUUUUGCUAGUGUUGUCCACAUCAAGCUGCUGCUGCGUAUUUGGGACCUUUUCUUCUACCAGGGCUCUCUGGUACUGUUCCAGCUCACUUUGGGCAUGCUCAGCAUGAAGGAGGAUGAGCUAAUCCAGUCUGAGAACUCUGCCUCAAUCUUCAACACGCUUUCAGACAUCCCAAGUCAGAUUGAAGAUGCGGAUGUGUUGCUGCAGGAGGCCAUGCGUGUGGCUGGCUCGCUGACAGAUGUGGCGGUGGAGACCCAGCGUCGCAAACACUUGGCCUACCUCAUUGCUGACCAAGGGCAGCUGCUCAACUCCAGCACCACUGUCAACAAUUUAUCCAAAAUUGUGCGACGCAGGACUCAGCGCAGGAAAUCUGGCAUCACCUCUCUGCUUUUCGGGGAUGACGAUCUGGAGGCACUGAAAGCCAAGAACAUCAAGCAGACAGAGCUGGUGGCUGACCUGCGUGAGGCCAUUCUCCAGGUGGCACGACACUUCCAGUGUGUGGAUCCCAAGAACUGCAGCAUUGAUCUGACUCCAGACUACAACAUGGAGAGCCACCAGCGAGACCAUGAGAACUAUGUGGCCUGUUCCCGUAACCGACGACGGCGAGCCAAGGCACUACUGGACUUUGAGCGCCAUGAUGAUGAUGAGCUGGGCUUCCGCAAGAAUGACAUCAUUACGAUCAUUUCCCAGAAGGACGAGCACUGUUGGGUGGGAGAGCUGAAUGGACUGAGAGGUUGGUUUCCUGCAAAAUUUGUGGAGAUCUUGGAUGAGCGGAGUAAGGAGUACUCCAUCGCUGGAGAUGACUCAGUCACAGAAGGGGUGACAGACCUGGUACGAGGGACGCUCUGUCCAGCCUUGAAGUCCAUAUUUGAACAUGGAUUGAAGAAGCCAUCUCUGCUGGGGGGGCCCUGCCAUCCCUGGCUGUUCAUUGAAGAGGCUGCAAGCCGGGAGGUGGAACGGGACUUCGACUCUGUGUAUUCUCGCCUUGUGCUCUGCAAGACCUACAGGCUUGAUGAAGAUGGCAAAGUUCUCACUCCAGAGGAGCUGCUUUACCGGGCGGUUCAGGGUGUGAACAUGACACACGAUGCUGCCCAUGCACAGAUGGAUGUGAAGCUUCGUUCCCUCAUCUGUGUUGGACUCAACGAGCAGGUGCUGCAUUUGUGGCUGGAAGUGCUGUGCUCAAGCCUGCAGACCGUGGAGAAGUGGUUCCAUCCUUGGUCAUUCCUGCGCAGUCCUGGCUGGGUGCAGAUCAAAUGUGAGCUGAGAGUCCUCUGCAAAUUUGCUUUCAGCCUCUCUCAGGACUGGGAGCUGCCAAUAAAAAGGGAGGAGAAAGAGAAGAAGCCACUGAAGGAAGGUGUGCAGGACAUGCUCGUGAAGCACCAUCUCUUCAGCUGGGACAUAGAUGGGUGACCCCCACCCCACCCCAUCCUGGGGAACCUUCUCAAUGGCGCACACUCCUCACCCCUACCCCCAUCAUGUCUCACCUCCUGCCUUCCCCCACCCCACCCACUUGUAUCUGUGACAAAAUCCCCCUUGGGGGACUUCCAGGCCACCUGGGACAGAUGGCAGCAGCGCCGAGAGGCCGAGCUGCAGACCAGAGGGAAGUGAUGGUCAAGGGUGAUGCUGCAAAGGGACAAGUGUGUUCUGGCCACAAAAAACAAGUGCCCCCUCCCAGCCUUCCCCAUCUCUGUCACUACCAUCUUCUGCUUGCCUCAGCCCUGCCUCCCCCGCGGUGCCUGGGGGAGCAGCCUGGCCCAGAGCCCCUCGUGUGCAGCCCCAUGGGCCAGCAGCUGCAUGGCUGUGUGAGCGUGUCUGCUGCUGUAGCUGUGGGGAAGAGACGGCCCUUGUGGGGUGGCUUUGACUCGUGAGAGGUGGUGCUGGUGGCCGGUGGCACUGCGGUUGCACGUGGAAUUGGGCUGGUGAGAGACUCGUGGCUGUACAGGAGCAGGAGUAGCACAUGCCCCUGUGCCAGCCAAGGGCUUGCCUCUGCAGGGAGGGGGGUGGCAAAUCCUGAAGCACUUGGAUAAGUUUGUCAGAGCUGGAACCAAGGCUGAGAAGGGGGAAACCGGCAUCAGCCUUAUCCCGCCUCCCUGUCACUGUGUGUGGGGUUUUGACUGCACCGGCCUGUUCCUGCUGUAACAGCCUUGGGGGAUGGGCCUUGUCUCCUCUGGGAGCAGACAAAAACCACCUCUCCCCCAAACAAGAGUGUUUCAUGCUGUCAUUUUAGUCUCUAGAUGAUUUCUACUGUUAACCAAAAAGCUGUAAAUUAACUCCAGGAAUGUGUAUAUUUUGGCACCGUUGUAGCUCAGGAUGAGGUUCAGGUUGGAGCUGGCUCAGGGAGACAAACUCGUCCUCCUCGCCCUGCGGUGGCAGCGGGGACGCAGGUCGGGAGUGAAUUGCUGCUUUGUGGUGGUGGCUCUGGAUAUGGAGUCUGUGACUUUCUACUGAAAGCACUUGUCUGUGAGCACAAUACUCAUGGAAUGACACUAGAUUCUUACUUUCCUUUAUUUGGUGGGUUUGUAAAUAAACUGCAUCUUGAGAGA